AUAUUGCUAGACGUCCACUGGCUCAUAUACAAGAAGUUUGGGAGAUAUACGCACAAAAAUACCAUUCUAGGCCGGGCGUGUACUCAAAAAGAGGUGGUGUGGGUAGAAGAGACACAUCACUUCGCUGAGACUAGCCCUGAUGUUUCCACAAUGGUCAAAGAAGAUGUUAGAGUGAUCAGAUGGGCACAGUCCCAUCUUUGAACUCCUAAAGAAACAAGUGGCUCAUUACUCGUAUCUCAUUUCCAGAGAAAAA